GAUGUCUCUGACGGAUGUGAAGUGUGAAAAAUUGUGCGCUUUCCGAGGCAGCUAUUGACGGGAAACACGAGUGUUAGGGAUCGUGAAAGUGAAUUUAGUGGCUCGCAGAACUCGAAAACCAUCGUCAUGUCGGAUCAAUACGGCGGAUACGGCGGGCAGGAUUACGGCGGUGGCCCGGUUCAGUUCAAUGUGCCUCCGCCACCAAUUAACCAGAAUUUCAGCCAGCCUCCUCCGAUGAAUAAAUUCGGCGGUGGCGCCACCGGUGGCUACGGACAGCAGAGUUCCGGUUCUGUUGGCGGUGGCUACGGUGGACAAAGUGAUUACAAUAACGGUGGCGGUGGACGUGGUGGCAACAGUGAUGGUGGGUACGGCGACGGCAAUCGGGGAGGCAACAGUUUUGACAGAAGAGGUGGUAACCAAACCGGCGGCUACAGCAGUGGCGGCGGCAACAAGGGUGGUUAUAACAAAGGAAGCGAUGGAGAAAUGGUCACUCAGGAGGACACGAUCUUCAUCCAAGGCAUGACACCGGAAACGACGGAAGAGGAGAUAGCUGAACGUUUCGGAUCAAUCGGUGUGAUUAAGCGGGACAAGCGCACUCAGAAACCGAAAAUAUGGAUGUAUAAAGACAAAGAAACGGGGAACAUGAAAGGUGAAGCGACGGUCACAUAUGACGAUGCUAGCGCUGCACAAUCCGCUAUCGGUUGGUUCGACAACAAGGAAUUCAACGGAUCGGUAAUCAAAGUGACGUUGGCCCAAAGAGUUAGCACCUGGCAAAAUAAGGGAGGCAGCCGUGGAGGCUUCAACAAGGGCGGCGGCGGACCUGGCGGUUACGGCCGGGGCGGUGGAGGUGGUGACCGCGGUGGUGGUGGAGAUCGGAGUUCCGGCUUCAAUCGCAUGGGAGGCGAUCGGGACGAUAGUCGAUCCCGGCCUGGUGGUGGCGGUGGACCCAUGGGAGGUGGUGCAGGCCGUGCUGGGGGUGGAGGCGGAGGUUUCGGUGGCGGUGGUGGCCAAGACCGCGAGGGUGACUGGAAUUGCGGCGAUUGUAACAACAAGAACUUUGCCUGGCGCAACGAGUGCAAUCGUUGUAAAGCUCCGAAAGGCGACAGUGCUGGUGGCGGAGGUGGCGGCUUCGGUGGUGGUAAUCGCAACGGUGGUGGAGGAAUGGGUGGUGGAAAUCGCGACCGAGGAUCGUUUAGCAACCGUGGCGGAGGUGCCGGCAGUGAUCGUAGCUUUGGUGGCUCUAACCGCGGAGGACGAGAUGGCGGUGGUUCGGGUGGAUACGGCGGAGGUGCAAUGCGCGGAAAUGAUCGUAACAACCGCAAUGAUCAACGACAACGUCCUUACUAAGUUUGAUUCAAAACAAAGUUCUAUCGACGAGCAGAUCAACACAUAACACUGUCAUCCCAUCAGAAGUGGAUGUCAAUAGUGUACUUUUUAAAUGUAAUCUAUCAAUCAUCAUCACCAUCACGCCAGAGCUACGAAGACAAAACCUAGGCCGCAUAAUAACCGCGCUGAAACGUUGAGUCACUGUGAAAUUUGAAGAGACGUUGAACUUCCCACGUACAUCCUUAACGACGCGUCCGUCUGAUUUCGAUCAUCCUUUUGGGUUUUGUGACCUCGUGUCUGCUUCGAUACUCGAUUGCCAUCCAGUGUUGCAGCUGGCUUUAUUCUGCAGCAGAGUGAAUGCUGUAAUUGCCCGGUAUGCUGCGAAAGAAGGCAUACAGCGAUGAGCACCAUCUACACUGAAUUUGGCGUACAGCACCACUUUUGCUCUCGAUGGUGCUGCUGUACCUAGCAGUACCGUACCCUAUUGUAUGCGUUAAUUUCCAAUUGUAAAUUACUAGCGCGUGUACGUUUAGUUGUGCUUCUCGUGUAAAGUUAGCUGGGAUAGUAUUGAUCGCAGAAAUUUACUGGAGCCCUCGGCUGCGAAACUCGAUUAGAAAGCAGUGGCAUUUGUCAGUGUCAAACAUAGGCACAACGUAAGCGUAAACUACCAACACACAAUCCACUGCUACCGGAGAUACUUUCCUCGCGAACGCGCCAGGUAGAAGUUGCAUGUGAAGUUGUAUCAAGAUAAUGUCCACCGUCCUCCAGAUCCAACUGGUCGCAGGGGAGGUAUACCACUUAAACUAAUGAAAGAAAUAAAAAUUG